CCCACAAUCACACUUAAAUUCUCAGGAAUUUUUCAAUUUUAAAACUUAAUUUUUUUUUCUCAAGUUGAUACUUGAUAUUUUAUUCCAUUCUUAUUCAGUGAUUUAGUUUCAAUGAAUAAACAAAACCUCGAAACAAUGUGGUUCAAAAAUUUAUUAAAAAAAUAAACAUCCAUUCAAGACGUUUGCUUAGAAUCCGACAUAAUUUGUCUGCCAAUAUGGUGGGAAUUAUUCGGCUAUUAUCACCAUUAUUAUUUUAUCGUCCAUCAUUUUAUAUACAACAUUAUUUUGAUAGUCAUCGAUUGGCCAGAGAAAAUCCAAACAAAUUUCAACGAAAAAUACAUGAUCCAAUCAGGUUGUUGAAUGUAUUCAUGUUUUGGUUGGCAAUACGACAUACUUAUUUUGCCAUUCGUUACCAUCAUAUUCGUGAUCAAUUAUGGGAUGUGAUCAAUAGCGAUAUGUUGGGUGAAGUUGGAUUCGAUUAUUAUGCCAAUAUUUUUAUGGUUGCAUUAAUUUAUCAAUCUUACCGAUAUCUGAAUAUGUUAUAUCUGGAUAAUCCAACAGCUCAAAUAUUGGAUCGUGUUUUAAUAAUGCGUGAAAAUCGAUCCUUUUAUCAUCCAUAUCGAUAUAAACAAUAUGUUGCUGUAAAUUUUAUGGUUUUUAUCAUUAAAAUCUGGCUAUAUUCAAUAUAUAUUUUCAAGAUAAAUGUUGAUUUAUACCUCAUUUCAUUCAGUGUAACGGCUAUUGAAUUUAUUUGGAAUAAUUUCAAUGAAUUUUUUGGCAUUGGAUUUUUCGGUUAUAUCCGACUGAUUCAAUGUAUAAUCAAUCGUUUGAUUUUAUUCAUUGGUCUUUAUGUUUAUGGUCAUGCUACUAUAUUGAUGGGUACUAUUUGUAUUGCUUAUCUAAUUGUCGUGUAUAUAUUCUGUUGGCAAACCGGCCAGUUGCUUCAUCGUGGCAAUCAUCAUCAUAGAAAUGCUAAAUCAUCAAUAAAUCUGUGGCGUACGUUGAAACGGUUUCACAUGCGUCAUACAAAAAAUCUUGAACGAAUAAUAACUGGUAAUAUUUAUUCGCGUGCAUUACUUAUAUUUUUAUUGCCCAAUAUUCCAUUCAAUUGUUAUCUAUUGGUAUUUGUUGUUUGUAUGCAAACUACAUGGAUAAUUCGAUAUCUUGCUGGUUCGGUUAUUGCUGAUCAAAUAAUCUGUAUAUUCGGCAUACAUCUAUUAUUUGCAUUAGCUAACCGACAAUUUCAAAAAUCAAGCAUCACAUUCAUACAUAUAUUGGCUAAAAAACAUCAACAUUUAAAUCGUCAUAUUGAUCUGGCUAAUCGAUUGAAGCUAGUUAAUUAUGGACAAAAUUUUCAUACGAAAAAUAAAUACGGUUUCACAUAUGGAAAACUUGAACUAAUCUCAAUGAAUGAAUGUGUCAAGUAUUUUCUGCUCUAUUCACAAUCAUUAAUGUUCAUCUAUGUUCAUGUUGUUUAUCGACGAUAUCAUUAGAAUCAAAACAGCAGCAGCAGCAGCGGUCCACACAGAUCGAUUUCUAUGCAAUUCUAUCAUCAAUGUUUCCAUCCAGGUUAUAACGUUCACUGAAAAAUGAAUGAAAUUUUUUUUU